UGUUCCCCUCUCACACCACACCAAUAUAUAACAAAACUCACGGCUUCACAAUCCUUCAACUAAACAUUCCAUUCUGUUUUAUGGCAGCUAGUUCCAGAACAAGCGAGGAGUUUCUAAUCCCCCGGAAGAGUUGGAGUACUCGCAAUCAUAAAACCGGAAAUGAAAGGCUGAUCAUCAACAAUGCUUCCGAUCAAAUUCCGGUCUGGAAUGAACCUAGUUUCAAAUCUAUAAGAAAAGUUCCUGUUCUGUAUUACCUAUCUCGUAACGGCCACCUUGAACAUCCUCAUCUCAUCGACGUCCCUCUCUCUUCUCCAAACGGUCUCUAUCUUCGAGAUGUUAUGAACACCUUGAAUUCUCACAGAGGAAAAGGAACAGCCAACAUGUACUCAUGGUCUUUCAAACGGAGCUACAAAAACGGUUACGUAUGGCAUGAUGCAUCCGAACACGACUUGAUUCAACCGUCGAACAAUCACGAUUACAUCCUCAAAGGAUCAGAGCUUCCCCGAAUGUCCGAAAACCAGUCAGAGACUUAUAACCGUACCAGCAGUAUCAGUACCACUACAUCAGAGGCUACAAUCAUUAAAAGAAAUCAAUCAUGGAGCUCAUUUGACAAUCCACAUGAAUACCUAGUGGCCAAAUGCGAAUCCAACCGAGAGCUCGCUGCGAAAUUCGCUCCUGAUGCAGCGACACAGACAGACGAGGAACGACUUCCUGAACACGUGAUAAGCACGGAGGAAUCGAAUUCGAGCUCAUCGGAGGUUAUAGAUGGGGUUAAUGGAUCAAUAGGUGGUGAAAAUGAACAUGGUAGGAUGAAAGUGUCAAGGGUUUUCAUGCAACUGAUUACUUGUGGUGGGGCUGACUCAGUUUCAAAUGUCAGCCCUGUGAAAAGAAAUCUAGUAAAUUUAAGUUGAUGUAGACCAGUAAGUUGAUGUAGUGUCACGCAAAUGAUAAGAAAACUAUGACAAGAAUAUAUGUUACCAAUGGGCAAAGUAAUCUUAUUUUAGAUGUGACAGCUACAGUCCGUAUACUUUAAAAGUUUGUGGAUUUUGGUUGCAAAUUUGUCCUAGAGUAUUUUGGACAUAUGUUCUUAUGUGGUGUUAGCAUCUUAAGCAGAAGGGCUGUCAUGUCCCUUUACAGGAGGUUCAAUGUACAAUGUACCAACGGGAAUGCAAAACAAC